GUCAAGUGUCAACAAUAAAUUUGCGUUUCCCGUGUGUGGAAGUGAUACAUUGUCAACACCAGAAAUUUGUUCAAUUUUGUCGCAGUUUGCCAUUCAUUAUACUAAAUUAUCUCAUUUGUGUUCCACUGAAACAUCAAACUUAGCCCUAAGAUAUUAUGUCUAUAACAGAAUUUCUCAAAGACCUACCCUGCCACAACGAGGAGAAUUUUUCACUGUUCAAUACUGAGAAUGGUGUGAAAACGUCCUCUAAAAGGCCAUCAGUUUACAUUCAGACAGCCGAAAUUCCUUCUGAACAGGUGAUAGUUACCGAAAAAAAGAAUAUUCUGCUCCGUUACCUUCAUCAACAAUGGGAUAAAAAGAAUGCGCCGAAAAAGCGCGAUCACGGUAACGAACCAUCCAGCGAUGCCCUCAGAAAGCGACCCCGACUGGAAAACCGCGAAAACAACAACACGUAAAACGGUAGCAUUCCUUGCAAGCUAGAAAGUGCAGCGCAAAUAUCAAAUUGAAACCAAUGCACAUCCCAUCUUGAACAGCAACACCCAGCAAGAUAGAUCUUUCAAUUGCAAUUUAAGUUACUCGCGCUUAUGAAACGGAGUCGUCUUCGUUCGUUUGACCGAUGAAGAUUUUAGGUUUAGGUUGAUUUAAACAAAAAUAGACGGCGUGCGUAUCUUCUUGCCGUAUAAUUCCAAAUCUAUCGAAGUAGAAUAAAGGAAGAUGCGAUGCUCAUUGGUGUGCAGUUUCGGGAAAUUACAUUAAUACUUCCGUUUUUGCAGUUGUUUUGUACUUGAUUGUGUAAAUUUGUACCCCGUUUGUUUUGAUUUCCUCGGUAUUCUAUUACCAAUAUACUAUUUGCUAAGGUGCGGGCCUAGAGAUGUAAAAGAAGUUUACUCGCUUUGUCUCGUACAAUUCCGAUCGAAGAUUCUCGGUGUCGAGUGUGACGAAUGCGAACGUACUACCCUGGUAAAUCUUGUCUUAAGCUUGGUUUGAAGAAACUACUUGCUAUUAACACUCACUGACGGUAGCAUUUCGAUACUAUUAAGACAUAUAUCUUGUGUAAAAUCGGA